AUGGUUCUGGGCCACCGAAAGAACUCACUGCAUUCUAAUCGCUCCUCCGUGGACGAGAACCGCAGCGAGAAUGACGACGAAACGGUGGUGUCGGAGGAGCAGGGCUCCAUCCUCACUCACAUCAUCUCCCAGCUGCGCCCAGGCGCCGACCUGAGCCGUGUGACCCUCCCUACGUUCAUCCUCGAACCGCGAUCCAUGCUCGAGCGCAUCACGAACUUCAUGGCUCACCCCGAAACCCUCCUCCCUAUGCCUAAGAUUGAUGACCCUAUCGAGCGCUUCGUGGCCGUAACAAAGUUCUACCUCUCCGGAUGGCACAUCAAACCCCCUGGUGUCAAGAAGCCCCUCAACCCCAUCCUCGGAGAAACGUUCACCGGGUACUGGGACUAUCCAGAUGGCACCAGGGGGUACUACAUCUCCGAACAAACCUCUCAUCAUCCUCCUAAAUCGUCCUACUUCUUCAUGGCUCCCGAGCACCAUAUCCGGAUAGACGGCACAUUGAAACCACGUAGUAAAUUUCUAGGCAAUAGUGUAGGAUCGUUCAUGGAAGGCAUAGCAGUGAUGAGGUUCUUGAACCGGGGCGAAAGAUACUUCAUCACCCAGCCAAACAUGUACGCCCGAGGCAUUCUUUUCGGAAAGAUGAAAUACGAGCUUGGUGACCACGCCGUCGUGCGUUGCCCGGAAUCUGGUCUAGAGGUUGACAUAGAAUUCAAAGUAAAAGGCUGGGUUGGUGGCUCGUAUAACGGAAUUGGAGGCUUCAUCAAGGACAAGAAUGGCAAGCAGCUGUAUGAGCUGAGCGGACACUGGGACGGCGAGAUGUUUAUCAAAGACCUCGCUACGGGCAAGAAAGAGCUUCUGUUCGACGCCUCGCACGCAAAGCCGAGCUUUCCGAAGAGCCGUCCUCUCGAGGAGCAAGCGCCUCGUGAGAGCCAAAAGCUUUGGCACAGCACAACUCAGGCAAUCAAGAAGGCGGAUCAAAGAACCGCAACGGACGAGAAGUCACGCAUCGAGGACGAGCAAAGACGUGAGGCAGCUGAGAGAGGCGAGGGCCACGUCUGGCAGCCCAAGCUGUUCAAGGCCGCACCUCCAGGAGACGAACAGAGCCUGGACUGGAUCAUCGACGCACAAGUUGACAACGAUGGGCCAGCGGAGAAGCAGAUCAAACAGAUACUGGCGAUUGCUCCUAUCAUUCCUGGCCAAGGUCUCGACCAAACGAAAUACUUUGAGGAUAAGGCCCUUCCUUCGCAACAAGGCAAGGGUCUGCCUGCGCAGUCUGGCAGCAACGACUUGAUCGACUUUGGACAGAACGACUCAACAUCUGCUGCUUCACAACAGACUUCGCAGACAACUGCAUCUCCAGCAAAGCCCAACGGCCUUCAGGACCCUCUCUUGCCCACAAGUUCUGGCAAGCCAAAGCCUGGAGACCCUAUCAGACGGAUGGAUUCAAUGGGCCGAGAAGACCUGUUCAUGGAUGCAGAGCCAUGA